AUGUCUGAUCAGGAAGUUUUGGUUUUGAGAGGCACCCUUGAGGGCCACAACGGUUGGGUCACUUCGUUGGCCACCACCCAGUCCAAGCCCGACUUGCUCUUGUCCGGUUCCAGAGACAAGACCUUGAUCGCUUGGAAGUUGACCGGUGACGAGGCCCAGUACGGUGUGCCAAAGAAGUCCUUCAUUGGCCACUCCCACAUUGUCCAGGACGUCACCAUCUCUGUUGACGGUGCUUACGCUUUGUCUGGUUCUUGGGACAAGACCUUGAGAUUGUGGGACUUGGAGACUGGUGAGUCCACCAAGAGAUUCGACGGCCACACUGGUGACGUCUUGUCUGUUUCCAUUGCCUCCAACUUGAGACAGAUUGUGUCUGCUUCCCGUGACAAGACCGUCAAGGUCUGGAACACCAUCGGUGAGUGCAUGCACACCUUGUCUUCCCACAAGGACUGGGUCUCUGCCGUCAGAUUUUCCCCAGACAACAAGACCAACACUGUGAUCUCUGCUUCUUGGGACAAGACUGUCAAGUCCUGGGACUUGAACAAGUACGAGCUCAACGCCGACUUCAUUGGCCACACCGGCUACAUCUCCUGCAUCACCAUCUCCCCUGACGGAUCCUUGAACGCUUCCGCUGGUAAGGACGGUGUCAUCAUCUUGUGGGACUUGAACUCCAACGAGACCUUGUACACCUUGAACGCCGCUUCUGAGGUCCACGCUUUGGCUUUCUCUCCAAACAGAUACUGGUUGGCUGCUGCCACCGCUUCUGGUAUCAAGAUCUUCAACUUGCAGGAGAGAACCUUGUUGGACGAGUUGAAGCCUGAGUUCGCUGUCUCUGCUAAGGCUAAGGACCCAGAGGCCAUUUCUUUGGCUUGGUCCGCUGACGGCCAGAACUUGUUCGCCGGUUACACCGACAACAAGAUCAGAGUUUGGCAGGUUAUGACCUCUUCCGCUUAA